GGCAGGCGCUGCGCUGCUGGGGGGCGCGGGCUAGGAUGGCGGCGGAGAACGAGGCCAGCCAGGAGAGCGCCCUGGGCGCCUACUCUCCGGUGGACUACAUGAGCAUCACCAGCUUCCCGCGGCUGCCGGAAGACGAGCCGGCACCUGCUGCCCCGCUGCGGGGCCGCAAGGACGAGGACGCUUUCUUGGGAGACCCCGAAACUGACCCAGAUUCCUUCCUAAAGUCGGCUCGGCUGCAACGAUUGCCUUCGUCUUCCUCGGAGAUGGGCAGCCCGGACGGGUCACCGCUGCGGGAGACUCGCAAGGACCCAUUUUCGGCGGCAGCGGCAGAAUGUUCCUGUCGCCAGGAUGGACUCACGGUCAUCGUCACAGCCUGCCUCACCUUCGCCACGGGAGUCACUGUGGCGCUCAUCAUGCAGAUCUACUUCGGGGACCCUCAGAUUUUCCAACAGGGUGCAGUGGUGACGGAUGCUGCCCGCUGCACAUCGCUGGGAAUUGAGGUGCUCACUAAGCAUGGAUCUUCUGUGGAUGCGGCUGUGGCGGCUGCCCUGUGUUUGGGAAUCGUUGCCCCACACAGCUCUGGCCUGGGCGGAGGGGGCGUGAUGCUAGUACAUGACAUCAGGCGAAACAAGAGCCGACUGAUUGAUUUCCGGGAGUCUGCACCAGGGGCCCUCAGGGAGGAGGCCCUGCAGAGAUCCUGGGAGACCAAGCCUGGGCUCUUGGUGGGGGUCCCCGGAAUGGUGAAAGGGUUAUACGAAGCUCAUCAGCUCUAUGGCAGGCUGCCAUGGUCUCAAGUCCUGGCUUUCGCUGCAGCUGUGGCCCAAGAUGGCUUCAACGUGACUCAUGAUCUAGCCCGCGCCCUGGUGGAGCAGCCACCUUCCAAUACGACUGAACGUUUCCGGGAGACGUUCCUGCCGUCUGGUCGCCCCCUGCUACCUGGCUCACAGAUGCGUCGUCCGGAUCUGGCCGCUCUACUGAGAGCUCUCGGCACUGCAGGCCCCGCAUACUUCUAUGCCGGCAACAACCUCACUUUGGAAAUGGUGGCGGAGGCUCAGCAUGCAGGGGGCGUCAUAACUGAAGAGGACUUCAGUAACUACAGCGUUCUUGUGGAGAAGCCUGUGUGUGGCAUGUACAAAGGCCACCUGGUUCUCAGUCCUCCACCCCCACACACAGGCCCUGCCCUCAUCAGUGCUCUCAAUAUUCUGGAGGGCUUCAAUCUCACCAGUCUGGUAUCCCGGGAACAGGCUCUUCACUGGGUGGCAGAGACCCUGAAGAUUGCAUUAGCCCUGGCCAGCAGACUGGGAGAUCCCGUCUACGAUUCUACCAUCACCGAGAGCAUGGAUGACAUGCUCAGCAAGGUGGAGGCUGCUUACCUCCGGGGACACAUCAAUGAUUCUCAGGCAGCUCCUGCCCCGCUCUUGCCCGUCUAUGAGCUGGAUGGGGCUACCACGGCCGCCCAGGUGCUGAUCAUGGGCCCUGAUGACUUCAUUGUGGCCAUGGUCAGCUCCCUGAACCGGCCCUUUGGCAGUGGCCUCAUCACUCCCUCCGGAAUCCUGCUCAACAGUCAGAUGCUGGACUUCUCUUGGCCCAAUAGGACUGCAAACCACUCUGCACCCAGCCUGGAAAAUUCAGUACAGCCAGGGAAGCGGCCACUCUCUUUCCUGCUACCCACUGUGGUCCGACCAGCAGAGGGGCUCUGUGGGACCUACCUCGCCCUGGGGGCCAACGGGGCUGCCCGGGGCCUCAGCGGCCUGACCCAGGUUCUGCUGAAUGUCCUGACCUUGAACCGGAACCUGAGUGACAGCCUGGCCCAUGGCCGCCUGCACCCGGACCUACAGUCCAACCUUCUGCAGGUGGACAGUGAGUUCACAGAGGAAGAUAUUGAGUUCCUGGAAGCCAGGGGCCACCAUGUGGAGAAGGUAGAUGUCUUAUCCUGGGUCCAUGGCAGUCGGAGAACCAACAACUACAUCAUUGGUGUGAAGGACCCUCGGAGCCCAGAUGCAGCUGGAGCCACUAUGGUGUAG